CCCCGCCCCGGGCUGGGCUGGGAAGCGGCGGAUCCGGUUUGUUCGGGCGGGUCGGCUGCAGAAGGGUUUGAGCGGAGCCCGCAGGGCUGCAAGCUGGCGGCGUCAUGGUGGGGACGGAGAAGGAGCAGAGCUGGAUCCCUAAGAUCUUCAGGAAGAAGGUGUGCACGACGUUCUUAGCGGCCUUGGACGAUGCCGGAGGGACCUUGUGCCAGUGUGGACGACCGCGAAAUGCCCACCCGUCCGUGGCUGUGGAGGAUGCCUUCGGGGCAGCUGUGGUGACCGAGUGGAACAGUGAUGAGCAUACCACAGAGAAGCCCACCGAUGCCUAUGGCGACCUGGACUUCAUGGGCUCUGGCCGCAAGCCCAGCAACUUCCUCCGGCUCUCUGACCGCACAGAUCCGGCCACCGUGUACAGUCUCAUCACCCGCUCUUGGGGCUUUCGUGCCCCAAACCUCGUGGUGUCGGUGCUUGGGGGGUCGGGGGGCCCGGUGCUCCAGACCUGGCUGCAGGACCUUCUGCGUCGUGGGCUGGUGCGUGCUGCCCAGAGCACAGGUGCCUGGAUCGUCACAGGGGGCCUGCACACAGGCAUUGGCCGGCAUGUGGGUGUGGCGGUGCGAGACCACCAGAUGGCCAACACUGGGGGCAACAAGGUCGUGGCCAUGGGUGUGGCUCCCUGGGGUGUGGUCCGGAACAGAAACAUGCUGAUCAACCCCAAGGGCUCGUUCCCUGCAAGGUACCGGUGGCGAGGUGACCCUGAAGAUGGAAUGGAGUUCCCCUUAGACUACAACUACUCUGCGUUCUUCUUGGUGGAUGACGGCACGCAUGGCCGCCUGGGUGGUGAGAACCGAUUCCGCCUGCGGUUUGAGUCCUAUGUGGCUCAGCAGAAGACUGGAGUGGGAGGGACUGGAAUUGACAUCCCUGUCCUCCUCCUCCUGAUCGAUGGUGACCAGAAGAUGUUGAAGCGGAUAGAGGAUGCCACCCAGGCUCAGCUUCCCUGCCUCUUGGUGGCUGGCUCUGGGGGUGCUGCGGACUGCCUGGUGGAGACCCUGGAAGACACAUUGGCCCCUGGGAGUGGGGGACUCAGGCGAGGUGAAGCCAGAGAUCGGAUUAGACGUUACUUCCCCAAGGGAGACCCUGAGAUCCUGCAGGCCCAGGUGGAGCGGAUCAUGACGCGGAAGGAGCUGCUGACCGUCUAUUCAUCAGAAGAUGGCUCCGAGGAGUUUGAGACCAUCGUUCUGCGGGCCCUGGUGAACGCCUGUGGUAGCUCUGAGGCCUCAGCUUACCUGGACGAGUUGCGUUUGGCUGUGGCUUGGAACCGUGUGGACAUUGCCCAAAGUGAACUCUUCCGUGGGGACAUACAAUGGCGGUCCUUCCACCUGGAGGCCUCCCUCAUGGAUGCUCUGCUGAAUGACCGGCCUGAGUUUGUGCGUUUGCUCAUCUCCCAUGGCCUCAGCCUGGGCCACUUCCUGACCCCCAUGCGGCUGGCUCAGCUGUACAGUGCAGUGCCUCCCAACUCACUCAUCCGCAGUCUUCUGGAUCAGGCAUCCCAUGGCGGGGGCACCAAACUACCACCUGUAAAAGAUGGGCCUGUAGAGCUCCGACGGCCUAAAGUGGGGCAAGUUCUGAGAACACUGUUGGGGGAGACAUGUGCACCGAGGUUCCCUGCCAUGGCUGCUCAAGACCCGCACUUAGGGCAGGACUGCAGGGAGAGUGCCUGUCUGCUCUCUGACUGGGCCACCAUGCAACCAACAAUGGAUGCCAGCUUUGGGCAGGCACCUUGGAGUGACCUUCUCAUUUGGGCUUUGCUGCUGAACCGAGCCCAGAUGGCCAUGUACUUCUGGGAGAAGGGCUCCAACUCAGUGGCCUCAGCUCUCUGGGCCUGUCUCCUGCUUCGAGUCAUGGCACGCCUGGAGUGGGAGGCUGAAGAGGCAGCGAGGCGGAAGGACCUGGCCACCAAGUUUGAGAGCAUGGCUGUGGACCUCUUUGGAGAGUGCUACCAUAACAAUGAGGAACGGGCAGUGCGCCUGCUUCUCCGACGCUGUCCCCUCUGGGGAGAGGCCACCUGCCUCCAGCUUGCCAUGCAGGCCGAUGCCCGUGCCUUCUUUGCCCAGGAUGGAGUACAGUCUCUGCUAACACAGAAGUGGUGGGGGGAGAUGGACAGCACCACACCCAUCUGGGCCCUACUUCUCGCCUUUUUCUGCCCACCUCUCAUCUACACCAACCUCAUCACCUUCAGGAAGUCAGAAGACGAGUCCAUUCAGAAGGACCCUGAAUCCGAUGAGGACAGUAACAUCAACGGGGAGGGGCCUGUCAGGUCCGGGGAGCCCUCGGCCAAGGUGGCCCUGGCGAGGCGCCGGCGGCCGGCUGCGGACUGCUCCUGGCGCUGGUCACACUUCUGGGGCUCGCCGGUCGCCGCCUUCCUGGGCAACGUGGUCAGCUACCUGCUGUUCCUGCUCCUAUUCUCGCGGGUGCUGCUAGUGGAUUUCCAGCCGGAGGCUCCGAGGGCCACAGAGUUGCUGCUGUACUUCUGGGCCUUCACGCUGCUCUGCGAGGAGCUGCGCCAGGGCCUGGGCAGCGGCUGGGGGAGCCUGGCCAGUGGGGGGCCGGGGCCCGGACACGUCCCCCUGCGCCACCGCCUGCACCUCUAUGUCACCGACGUCUGGAACCAGUGCGACCUGCUGGCGCUCACUUGCUUUCUGCUGGGUGUGGGCUGCAGGCUGACCCCUGGCCUGUAUGACCUGGGCCGCACUGUCCUCUGCCUCGACUUUAUGAUCUUCACGCUGCGGCUGUUGCACAUCUUCACCGUUAACAAGCAGCUGGGGCCCAAGAUCGUCAUCGUGAGCAAGAUGGUGAAAGACGUGUUCUUCUUCCUCUUCUUCCUGUGUGUGUGGCUUGUGGCCUACGGGGUGGCCACAGAGGGGCUCCUGAGACCCCAGGACCGGGACCUGCCCAGCAUCCUGCGGCGCGUCUUCUACCGGCCUUACCUGCAGAUCUUCGGACAGAUUCCCCAGGCAGAGAUGGAUGUGGUUCUCAUGGAUCCUGCUAAUUGCUCCUUGGAGCAGGGAUCCUGGGCGUUCCCUGAGGGCCGCAGUGCUGGCUCCUGUGUGUCGCAGUACGCCAACUGGCUGGUGGUCUUGCUCCUCAUCAUCUUCCUGCUAGUGGCCAACAUCCUGCUGGUAAACCUACUCAUCGCCAUGUUCAGCUACACGUUCAACAAAGUCCAGGACAACAGCGACCUCUACUGGAAGGCGCAGCGCUACAGCCUCAUCCGGGAAUUCCACUCGCGGCCCGCGCUGGCCCCACCCCUCAUCAUCAUCUCUCACGUGCGGUUGCUUAUCAGGCGCCUGCGCAGGUGUAGUCGCAGGACCAACCAGCCCGUCUCCGUUGCCUCCGUGCAUUUCCGUGAGAACUGGGCAGGGCUUUCAAGCGGAGGGUCUUGGGGAAAGGAGUUCGAAGGCAUCUACCUGUCUAAGGAAGCGGACCGGAAACUGCUGACUUGGGAGUCAGUGCACAAAGAGAACUUCCUGUUGGCACAAGCUCGGGACAAGCGGGACUGUGACUCUGAGCGGCUGAAGCGAACGUCUCAGAAGGUGGACACUGCACUGAAGCAGCUGGGGCAGAUCCGGGAGUAUGACAGGCGUCUGAAAGAGCUAGAGAGAGGGGUCCAACACUGUACCCAAGUUCUGAGUUGGGUGGCGGACGCCCUGAGCCGCUCUGCCUUGCUUCCUCCAGGGGUGCCACCACCUCCAAGCCUGCUUGGUUCAAAGAUUGAGUCUUCCUGAUGAAUUUCAAGGUAUUGCCCCUCCCAUAGGGGGUUCACUCCUCGAGGGAGGCCCAACUUGCCUCAUCCUGCGUACCCCAUGGCUUUAGCCUCACCAUAGCUUCCGUCCAUGCUCAUGGGUUGCUGCCCUGACAAAGUGUCACCAUAGGAACCCCAGCAGGCCCAGCUCCUCCCAGAGGCAAGCUCUGGCGCUGGAGGCACUGUUAGCCUCUUUUUGGGACCAGCCACAGCAGAGGAGACCAGAGGGUCCUGGGGGUUACAGGGACCACAGACCCUAGUCACAGCUUCCCCACACUGGGGAAAUAAAGUCAUUUGACAAGAGUCACAACUGAUGCUUGAAUCAUGCAGAAUUGAUGGGUGCCAAGACUCUUCAGGGCCGGGAGCUUGGAAUCCUUAGUGGGUUUUUGGCUAAAUUGCAACUAUGGGGGAGGCGGUGUCUGUUUAUCUUCCAGACCCUACACCUGCCUGGCUCAGACCCACACCGCUCCUAUGAUCUG